AUGAUAUAUGAUGGUGAAAGUAAUAGUAAUGGUACUUAUAGCGGUGAUAAUGAUGACAAAAAUGAUGGUGAAAGUAAUAGUAAUGGUACUUAUAGCGGUGAUAAUGAUGACAAUAAUGAUGGUGAAAGUAAUAGUAAUGGUACUUAUAGCGGUGAUAAUGAUGAUAAUGAUGAUGGUGAAAGUAAUAGUAAUGGUACUUAUAGCGGUGAUAAUGAUGAUAAUGAUGAUAAUAAUGAUGGUGAAAGUAAUAGUAAUGGUACUUAUAGCGGUGAUAAUGAUGAUAAUGAUGAUAAUAAUGAUGGUGAAAGUAAUAGUAAUGGUACUUAUAGCGGUGAUAAUGAUGAUAAUGAUGACAAUAAUGAUGGUGAAAGUAAUAGUAAUGGUACUUAUAGCGGUGAUAAUGAUGAUAAUGAUGAUAAUAAUGAUGGUGAAAGUAAUAGUAAUGGUACUUAUAGCGGUGAUAAUGAUGAUAAUGAUGAUAAUAAUGAUGGUGAAAGUAAUAGUAAUGGUACUUAUAGGCGGAUAAUGAUGUAA